CAAAUCGAAGCCACAUUCCAAGAUUGCUUGUGGAUUUAGCAAUCCAUUUAUUUCCCCAUUAAAUACAAAAAUAUUGUAUUAACAUUUUGAUGCAUAAAAUAAUGGUAGUUAUGGUUCUCUCAUCACAUGCCUAAUUAGAAGACACGACCACUAUUAUCAGAUACCCGCUUGUUUUGGCGGCACAAAUUUCUCCCACGCCAUUCAUACACAUCCUAGAUUCUCUCCCACUCUUUAUUUAGAUGCAUAUGAUAUAGAGUAAAAGAAAAUUAACACACACAUACACACACUGACACAAGAGAAGAACAAUGGAGAGUACUUCUCAGUCUAUGUCCUCUCCUAGUAGCCUUCUGCUCUGUCAAGAGGAUUUGGGUAGUUUAGACUGUGAAGAUGAAGAGAUUGCAGUACAUGACAAUGACGACGAUGAUGCUUACAUUCAAACUCUUCUUGAUAGAGAAAUCACAAAUGGUGGGCCCCAAAUCCAACACCUUCUCCAGAAUUCUUGGAUUGAAAGGGCUCGUUUGGAAGGAAUUGAUUACAUUCUCAGAAAAAGGGAAGUUCUUGGAUUCGGAGUCCAAACUGCUUAUGCAUCAGUUACAUAUCUUGAUAGAUUUCUCUCAAGAAGAUCUAUUGAAGCAGAGCAAUCUUGGGCCAUAAAACUUUUGUCCAUGGCUUGUCUAUCACUGGCUGCCAAAAUGGAGGAAAUCAGAGUGCCUGCAUUAUCAGAAUUUUGUGUUGAAGAUUACAAUUUUGAGAGCAGUGUGAUACAGAGGAUGGAGCUUUUGGUUUUGAAUUCAUUGGGAUGGAAAAUGGGAUCCCCCACCCCUUACAAUUUCACCACAUUCUUUGCAAACAAGUUCAGUGCAAACUCGUUUUCAACAAUUAUGAAACUCAUUUUAAGCUCAGUGAGAGAUGCAAAAAUAAUGUGUCAUGGGCCAUCUGUGAUAGCAGCAGCUGCCACAUUGUUUGUAUUGGAUCAAGGAUUGACAAAAGAUGCCUUGCAGCUUAAAAUCGAUUGCUUGACAACUUCUCACUCUUUCAAUAUUGAGAGCAUCAUUUCCUGCUACAACUCAUUCCAAGAAAUGGAUGAGAGCUUGAAUUUAAGCAAAGGCAUUGCAUCUCCUGGUUUAUCCCCUACCCAAUUACAAACUUAUGGAUCUUCUUCUGCAAAUUCUGCGAAAAGAAGGCGUCUAGAUUUCAGUCAGAUUGAUGAAUCCAGCAAUGUGGAUGACAAGAAGCCAAAGCCUUGAAAGCAAGCCAUCACUUUCUUGGGUGAGAAUCAUGCUUAUACACUACUGGCCUAAUGAGCAUGCUAAUUUCUAUGUUUGUAUAUGAUUUUUGGAGUUGAUUGGACACAAAGUAGAAGAGUAAGCAGAAAAAUAUUCAUUUGGGAAAAGAAAAAAGAAGCAAUAAAAAAGCAGAAGUUUGGCAGAAGAACAUGAAAAGGUCUGAAAGCUCAGAUGAUAAGGAGGGGAAAAAGCAAAGGAAAUGAAGCCCACAAAGAUGACUUUCACACAGUUUUAACAACUAUUGUUUUUCUUCAUACCAAUUUGUUUGAUUAUUUAUUUUUAACUACAUAUUUCUUCCUCUUCUGUUUAUAGCACAUUAUAGCCACAUGCAGCCCUAGAUUUUAGAGGGUGUGCUUUUCUCUUUCCUUUUGUUUUUUUUUUUCUUUUUUCUUUUUAGUUUUUGAAAAGGUGAGAAAAAAAAUGUGAUUGAAGAAGAGGGCUGUCUGCUGUCUCUUUGAUUUGAUACACUUGUGUUGCAAGAUUUCCCAUCAGAAAUGAAGUUUUGUGUAAAGAUUUGGUUUGAAA